UAGUAUGGGUUUAAGAUAUUUUCUAAGCCUUAUAACAGUCCUAUUUCUUCUUAUAAGCUGCAAAUAGAUAAAGUUAUUCGAAGAUUUGUUUUUCAUUUUAAUUCUCUCCUCGCGUCUAUGGGUGAAUUAGAGCGUGGCUGCAAGAGGCAGAAUUCAACUACAAAGGCGAGAGCAAUCUCUGUGCCGUUUGAUAUCUGUGAGCACAGGCGCGUAACAGAAUUGGCCGCUGACACACGUGGCAAAGAGCUCCUUUGUCAUGGAUAGGCUCCCCACUCAUAUGUGAUCUGAUGUGUUUCCGGUUAGUGGCUACUAAGAGUGGUUGUGCACGAGUAGAGUUCCAGAAAAAGAGGUGUCAAACCGAGGUCUGGCAAUGCGGAGGGUGUAGGAACCGUAUACCGUGCGCUGUCAGUCAUAUCCAAAGUGACAGCACGCAAGCGUUAUCUCUCCACUACAUGUCAACAAGUAGUCUUACAAAAUGUACUCAAUUUCGCGGGAAAUUAGCGCGUUGUCAUGGAUACCUAGAUAACGCUGUCCAGUCUUUCGUUAUAUUUGGAGCGGAACAGGUUACAAUCCAACCACUGGAGCGAAUUUCAAAGAGGAGAGCUGUUAUGGAAGAGCAGCGGGAUCAGAGCGAAGAUGACAGCGUUUCUCUGUCACCGAGCCUGCCCUCUCCACCUCUGCUCCCGCUGCAGGCUGCGCACCACACGCUCAGAACCACCAACUUUUUCAUUGACAACAUCCUCAGACCGGACUUCGGCUGCAAAAGGGAGCAUUGUCCAACUGUCCCCAGCACCCCUUGUCCGGAUUCCAGCUGCAGUACCGACAGUGUUUCAUCUUCUGCCUCGUCCAUCGUUUCGUCUCCAGCCAGCAGUAGGCAUUCCAAGGCAGACGAGGCCGACAGAGGGAACGCAGCAAAAUCUGGGGUCGUCUCAGCUUCAUCCUUUGCUUUGAAUAGACCAGGUGAAACCUCCUCGCCCAGUAAAGACACCCAAAAGAGUAUGUGGCCCGCCUGGGUUUAUUGCACGAGAUACUCUGAUCGACCUUCAUCUGGCCCAAGGACCCGGAAAUUGAAAAAGAAGAAAAACGACAGUGAGGAUAAACGACCCAGAACGGCGUUCACAGCUGAGCAGCUCCAAAGACUGAAGGCUGAGUUUCAGGCAAGCCGCUAUAUCACGGAGCAGCGGCGGCAGGCCCUGGCGCACGAACUCAAGCUGAACGAGUCGCAGAUUAAAAUCUGGUUCCAGAACAAACGGGCUAAAAUCAAGAAAGCCACCGGAUUCAAGAAUGGCUUGGCAAUGCAGCUAAUGGCGCAAGGACUGUACAACCAUUCCACCACCACCACCGUUCAAGAAGACGAUGGCAACUAGCAAAGACAGAAAGAGAAAUAGAGAAAUGGAGAGAACCCGGAGAGUGAAAUAGGGUCGGAAGACAAAGUGGAAAAAUUCAAAUUACUUGACCAGACGUUAUAACGGGAUAUUGUGGUUACUUUAUCAACCUGUUUGGAGGAGCGAGUGAUUUUUUUACAAACCAUAGGCCUCAUUUUGAUUUUGAGGAUGCUAUUAAAAUCUAAAUGGAUCGCGCUGGUUUGUUGUUUGAAAUCGUUGCCACUACCAGUCAAACUAGACACUUUACAUUUGAUCUAAAUUCUUGUUUUUUUAUGUUGUUAAAAGCAAUAUUUCUUCGUGCCAAAGAUGUUAUUCGAACAGUAUAGCUACACUUCGUCUAUUGGUAGGCCUAAUUUUUUUUUUUCUUUGAUGAUGGGACUUGGGAUAAUGGGAGACUUAUCUGAUAGCAGAUAUUAUUCAUUUACAAGAUAUUUAAUACUGUAUCCAAAUAAACCUUUUUUGUACAUACAAAACGUGGCAUCUAUUUUCUCCAUAUUUUGCCCUUAUAAAGUUAAUAGCCUACACAUUUUUAUUUUAUUUUUUUCUUGUACCGUGAAUCAGAGACAGCUCCAACAGAGUAACCAAACCUGCGUCGUCAAAUUUGUUUCGCCAUGAUGUUUACCAGGCUUCUCACAAUAAGCUCAGUUGCCCUUUUUUUAAUGUGACAGCGUUUUUUAUUUUUAUGCGGCGUUGGCGAUUCAUUUCUGUAAUGCAUGUAAAACACAAAAUGCCAUAACAUUUUCAUACACAGAUAGCGUUAUAAUUUCACCAGUAGUCUGAUGUAUUGGUCCCACUUUAUAUUAGGUGGCCUUAACUACUAUGUACUUACAUUUAAAUUAAUAAUUUGGUACAAUGCGCUUAUUGUGUAUACAUACAUGUUUUUACAUUGUACUUAUAUUUUUAAAAAUACAUAUGUAAUUACAUCUGUAAUUAAUUUCUGAAAUUACAUUUAUAAU